AUGUCUUUAGAAAUCGAACAACUAGAAAGCUGGGAAUCUGAAUUCCAGACCGACUUAACCUACCAAUUAUCCUCCACCGUCUUAAAAAACUACAACGCAGAUGACAUCCUAUUAAACAAAUCUCGUCUAUUAUCCCAAGACCAAAGAAUCUACAACACCAGAAUCUCAGACAUUGAAAACAUUACACCAGUAACCAACCAAAAGGCCUCCGGUAGAUGUUGGUUAUUUGCUGCGACCAACCAACUAAGAAUUCAAAUCGUCAAAGAUUUAAACUUGAAAGAUUUCGAAUUAUCUCAAGCAUACCUAUUCUUCUACGACAAAUUGGAAAAGGCAAACUAUUUCAUUGACCAAAUCAUUGACACUGCUAAGACUGAAACGGAUGAUGAUUCAAGAUUAAUCCAAUACUUAUUGGAAGCUCCAACAAAUGAUGGCGGCCAAUAUUCUAUGUUUUUAAACAUCGUCAAGAAGUACGGGUUGGUACCAAAGUCUAUCUAUAACGAUUUAGCUUACUCUACUACUGCUUCUAGAAAAUUGAAUUCCAUUUUGACUUCCAAAUUGAGAGAAUUUGCGGAAACUUUAAGAGUUAAUAUUAAUGAUAUGGAUAAAAUUAAAGAAUUGAGAACUUCCAUGCAGAAAGAAAUUUAUAAAUUGAUGACUAUGUUUAUGGAAGUACCACCAAUUAAACCAAAUGAAAAGUUUGUUUGGGAAUAUAUCGAUAAGGAUAAGAAAAUUGGUCGUAUUGAAUGUACUCCUUUGGAAUUUGCUAUUAAGUACGCUCAUUUGGACUUAUCUGAUAAUAAGAAAUUACCCGUAUCUUUAAUCAAUGAUCCAAGACACGAAUAUGGGAAAUUGAUUAAGAUUGAUCGUUUAGGGAACGUUAUUGGGGGUGACGAUGUUAUUUACUUGAAUGUGGAUAAUGACACUUUAUCAAAAUUGGUGGUAAAGAGAUUACAAAAUGAUAAAGCUGUCUUCUUUGGGUCUGAUACUCCUAAAUUUAUGGAUAAAUCUCGCGGUGUCAUGGAUGUCCAAUUAUGGAAUUAUAAUGCUAUUGGAUACAAUUUGCAUCAAACAAAGGCAUCAAGAAUUAAAUAUCAUCAAAGUAUGAUGACCCAUGCAAUGUUAAUCACUGCUUGUCAUGUGGAAGAAGGUAAAGAAUUACCAACUCGUUAUUGUGUUGAAAACUCUUGGGGUAAAGACUCCGGUAAAGACGGGUUGUAUUUAAUGACUCAAGAUUAUUUCGAAGAAUAUUGUUACCAAAUCGUUGUCGAUAUGGAAGACUUACCAAGUGAAUUACAGGAAAAAUUCUUGUCUGACAAAGAAGAACCAAUUGUUUUACCAAUCUGGGAUCCAAUGGGUGCUUUAGCAAAAUAA